GGCACAACCAUUCUCCGGAGAUGGAGAGGGGAGAAGAAAUCUUUCGCUCCCAUCCCAACUCGGAGCCAUCCGGAACCUGCACUCGCCCUUCUUGCCGUCCUUUUCUUACUGUGCUCUGUGCCGUCACCAGUAGCUCCCCUCCCGCGCGGCUCUGAGUCCCGCUUGCCACUAGUUGCUUCUCGGCAGCUCCCACCCCUACGCGUGGUCCGACCCGGCGGCUGGCGCAGGUUAUAAAGAUACCGCCGCAGCAGCGGACAGUGGACUCGAGAUGCGCCCGAAGGGGUCAGGGCAGGGCUGCGCGGGGAGCCGGCCGGGACCCGGACCAGGACCCGGGCUCGGACCCGGGGACCCAGCAGCACUCACUUGUGCACCUUCACCCUCAGCCAGUCCCGCUCCGGAGCCCUCUGCGCAGCCGCAGGCACGGGGCACUGGACAGAGAGCAGGAUCCCGAGCCGCCUCUGGAUCCCAGUUCCUCUCGGAAGCCCGCACCGGAGCUCGCUCGGCCUCCGAGGCUGGAGCCAAGGCAGGAGCCCGGCGCCCGUCCGCAUUCUCGGCCAUCCAAGGGGAUGUCCGGUCUAUGCCCGACAAUUCGGACGCUCGGUGGACCCGCUUCGUAUUCCAAGGGCCGUUUGGUUCCCCGGCCACUGGCCUGGGGACUGGAAAGGCAGCCGGCAUCUGGAAGACGCCAGCCGCCUACAUAGGCCGGCGACCCGGGGUGUCCGGCCCUGAGCGCGCCGCCUUUAUUCGGGAGCUGGAGGAAGCACUGUGUCCUAACUUACCUCCGCCAGUCAAAAAGAUCACCCAGGAAGACGUCAAAGUGAUGUUAUAUUUGCUGGAGGAGCUUCUCCCACUUGUCUGGGAGAGCAUUACCUAUGGGAUGGUUCUUCUGCAGAGAGAGAGGGACCUGAACACUGCAGCUUGCAUCGGCCAGUCGCUGGUGAAACAGAACAGUGUUUUGAUGGAGGAGAACAGCAAGCUGGAAGCCCUGCUGGGCUCAGCCAAGGAGGAGAUUUUACACCUCAGACACCAGGUGAACUUGCGGGAUGACCUCCUCCAGCUCUACUCAGAUUCUGAUGAGGAUGAGGAGGAAGAAGAGGAGGAGGAAGAAGAGGAGGCAGAGGAAGACCAGCAGCAUGCUCAUCCCUGUGUUGCCCCUAAGCUGAUUUCGCAGGAGGCAUUGCUGCACCAGCACCACUGCCCACAGCUGGAAGCCUUGCAGAAGCUGAGGCUGCUGGAGGAGGAGAAUCAUCAGCUGAGAGAAGAGGCCUCUCAAUUCGACACCCUUGAGGAUGAGGAACAGAUGCUCAUUCUGGAGUGUGUGGAGCAGUUUUCGGAGGCCAGCCAGCAGAUGGCUGAGCUGUCGGAGGUGCUGGUGCUCAGGCUGGAAAACUAUGAACGGCAGCAGCAGGAGGUCGCUCGGCUGCAGGCCCAGGUGCUGAAGCUGCAGCAGCGCUGCCGGACGUAUGGGGCUGAGACUGAAAAGUUGCAGAAGCAGCUGGCUUCGGAGAAGGAAAUCCAGAUGCAGCUCCAGGAAGAGCUGCAGGACCUGUGGGAGAAGUACAUGGAUUGUGGGGGCAUGCUGAUUGAGACGCAGGAGGAGGUGAAGACCCUCCGCCAGCAACCCCCAGUGUCCACUGGAUCUGCCACCCAUUACCCGUACAGCAUGCCUUUGGAGACUCUUCCUGGUUUCCAGGAGACGCUGGCUGAGGAGCUCAGAACGUCUCUAAGGAGGAUGAUCUCAGACCCUGUGUAUUUUAUGGAAAGGAAUUAUGAGAUGCCCAAAGGGGACACGUCCAGCCUAAGGUAUGAUUUUCGCUACAGCGAGGAUCGAGAGCAGGUGCAAGGGUUUGAGGCUGAGGAAGGGUUGAUACUGGCAGCGGAUAUUAUGCGGGGGGAAGAUUUCACGCCUGCGGAGGAGUUGGUGCCCGAGGAGGAGCUGGGGGCUGCCGAGAAGGUGCCGGCUGAGGAAGCGGUGAUGGAAGAGGUAGAGCUGGUGUCGGAGGAGAUUGAGGGCUGGGAGGAGGUGGAACUGGAGCUGGAUGAGGCAACGCGGAUGAAUGUGGUGACGUCAGCCCUGGAGGCCAGCAGCUUGGGCCUUUCACAUCUGGACAUGAAGUAUGUCUUCCAGCAGCUGGCCAACUGGCAGGAUGCCCAUUACAGGUGGCAGCUGAGGCGGAAGAUGCUCCAGAAAGGUGAGUGACCCCACGGGGGCCUCCCUGAUGCCAGCGGGACAAGCUGCAGAUCGUCGUGCCGAUGAAAAGAGAGGGUGGAUAAGCUCCCCGAGUGCUCAGCUCCCCAGCCUGGCCCUACCUGGUGUGCUGAUUUGCACGGACU